AUGGCUUCUUUCACUUCUAUUGCCAAAGCAUCAGACUUCAUCUUAAGAACUCCAGUCUUGAAAUCCAUCUUUGUUCCAGCUUCUAAAUUCUUCUGUCAAUAUGCUGGUUACAGACAAAUGGGUUUAAAAUUAGAUGAUUUAAUACAUGAUGAACAUCCAAUAGUUCAAAAAGCUUUAACUAGAUUACCAAAAGAAGAAAUCUAUGCUAGAAAUUUCAGAACUUUAACUGCUGCUCAAUGUGGUAUCACUCAUCAUUUAUUACCAAAAAAUGAACAAGUUAAAGCUGAAGAUGAUGUUCCAUAUUUAUUACCAUACCUUUUAGAAAUUGAAGCUGAAGCUUUCGAAAGAGAAGAAUUAGACAACAUCAAAGUUAACUAA